AAAAAAAAAAAAAAAAAAAGAAGAAAAGGAAAGGAAAGAGAGGGGAAGAUGUUUACGUGUAUAGCAUGUACGAAGCAAAUGGCAGAUGGUGGGGAGGAAGUAGAAGGAGCGCGUGGGAGUGGCACGCCUAGUACAAAAGAAGCCGUCAAAAGCCUGACGGCGCAGAUCAAAGAUAUGGCAUUGAAAUUCUCUGGUCGGCAAUGCAAACCAUGCACGGGGUCUAGUAGCUACAAGAAAGGGCAGAGGCCUUAUCCGGAUUACGAUGUGGCUUCAGAAGGUGUUCCAUAUCCGUAUCUAGGAGGUGGGAGCUCAAGUUCGACGCCUGCAUGGGACUUUACGAGGCCUGGUCAUCAUCCUACUGGGAGGUCGGACACUAGAUUUACUGGCGCAUUUGGCGGUGGAGGGAUGGAUACUGCCUCAGUCCAAUCUUGUGAUGUGGUGCUAGACGAUGAGGAUGAAUCCAAGGAGUGGAUGGCACAAGUGGAGCCUGGUGUUCACAUUACUUUUGUUUCUCUUCCUAACGGGGGGAAUGAUCUAAAACGAAUUCGCUUCAGUCGAGAGAUGUUUAAUAAGUGGCAAGCACAACGAUGGUGGGGUGAGAAUUAUGAUCGAAUCAUGGAGCUUUACAAUGUACAGAGAUUUAACCGCCAAGCUCUUCACACUCCUCCAAGAUCUGAGGAUGAGGUACACAGAGAUUCUAAUUACUCAAGGAUGGAAUCUGCAAGGGAAAGCCCAAUGGGCUCAUCAAUGAACAGAGAAUGGAUGCCUAGAAGCCAAUAUAAACCCUCUGGAUACCCUAUGGAUCAUGGUGGCAGCCAGCAUUACAAUGCCGGAUCAAGUGCUUACGGUGGAACUGGUCCGAGAGGAGACACAUCUUCUUUUGACGCGUCACGAACAACAACCUCAUCCCGAGAUGAGCCCUCUAUUUCCGUUAGCAAUGCCAGUGAAGUAGAGACAGAAUGGGUUGAGGAAGAUGAGCCUGGAGUCUAUAUUACCAUCAGACAAUUAGCUGAUGGAACUAGGGAGCUUCGGCGCGUCAGAUUCAGUCGAGAAAAAUUCGGAGAAGUGCACGCGAAGUCGUGGUGGGAAGACAACAGAGAAAGAAUACAAGCUCAAUACCUCUAAAGUAUUAUGAAUUUACAGGCCAUAACUUAUAGAGGGUGCAGUUGGACGUCCUGGGAAAACAUAGAUAUAUAUAUAUAUAUAUA